CGCCAUGGCCACCCUCUUCUCAUCACCACCCAUCUCCUCCUCCGCCUCCACCGCCGGAACGACCACCGCCCCAUCAAAACCUUCUCCUUCAUCCAAACCCCUCCUCCCCAUUUCAUCCUGCAAGCCACCUCUAACAGCCUCCUUAACCGCCGCCGCUAUUGCCGCUGUACUCACAACUACUCCUCUUCCUUCCUUGGCAGAUUCCAAUACCAACUACCAAGUCUACUACGGCACUGCCGCCAGUGCCGCCAACUACGGUGGCUACGGCGGGAAUUCCAACAAGAAAGACUCCGCCGAGUACGUCUACGACGUCCCAGAGGGUUGGAAAGAGCGCCUUGUGUCGAAGGUCGAGAAGGGAACGAACGGAACGGACAGUGAAUUUUUCAAUCCGAAGAAGAAAACGGAGAAGGAGUACCUCACUUUCCUUUCGGGGUUUCGCCAAUUAGCUCCGAAGGACACAGUGCUGAACAAUUUGGCGUUAUCGGACGUGGAAUUGCAGGAUCUGAUUGCGAAUGCGGACAACUUGACGUCGGAGGAGAAGAAGGACGAGAAUGGUCAGAUCUAUUAUGUGUAUGAGAUCGAUGGGGCUGGAGCCCAUAGUUUGAUUUCUGUGACGUGUGCGAAGAACAAGCUUUAUGCCCAUUUCGUGAAUGCUCCGACGCCGGAGUGGAACAGAGAUAAGGAGGUUCUGAGGCAUGUUCAUGAGUCUUUUAAGACUGUUGGGUCCUUUUGAUCUUGAUUAUUGAGCCUGUCCCUGGUAAUGCACGAUUUUCUGUAUGAUCAACAUGUUUGUUGCUUGCAAUUCAGCUAUGUCUUGGUUUCAAUCUGGUAUUGAAUUGAAAUUAGCAUGGCCCCUGUUUAUGACAGUGUCCAUAUGUAAUUUAAGAGAAGUCUGAGCUAUCAUCAAACAUUUUGCUGUUUCUGGGGAAGAAUGAAACACUGCUCUGACCAUAGCCUGAGAGAUUUUCACUUUAAUUAUCCUGCAUUUCUCUA